AUGAAUGAUGUUAUUGAUCUCAUACAACCUCCUAUCUUUAAUCCUCACGAGUGGAUUGGGAAGGGAAAGAUAUACGAUAAAAAUACACUUCCGAUGUCAGUACUCAACGCUCGUUCCGAUGCACUCGUUAUUCCAUCCACCCACACCCAACACAUUCCUUCUCAUCACCUUCCUGUUGCCGAUUUUCUGAAGAUAUCCUUGCCUACUCGAUCCCCAACUAUUGUCGCUGUGAAGAUCAAGUGUUGGUUCAGUCAUGACCUUCCGGACCGUGACUUCUCUUACCUAAAUACCCGGCCUAUUCCCUCUGCUGAAUUCCUUGUAGAGAUCAACAAAGCCUUCGAUCAAGCAUGGUUUGAUGGAGCUCGGUCAUUGAUAGACCCACGGUAUAAUGAUGGCAAAGAUCGACUGCCUUUAUGGACCUUGACAUGGUGGCGCGAGUUAACGACUGUCAUUCGUGCACAGUCCGCAUGGAGAACGAGCGAGGCGUGGCUUGCGAAAGCAUCGUUGAUGACUGGAGAGGCUCCUGACAUGACGGCGCAUGUCCAAGAUAUGUUCCUUGCCGUGCCGUGGAAUAGUAAAGGUGGUGGAUCCACGUCAACAUUAGAGUUCACGCACCUACUUGGAAUGGGAUGGAUAACGGACGAGCUCAUAGAUUCAAUGAUGGCGCACCUUGCUCACCGUGCCCACGCACAGUCCCAUGGAAGACGAAUUCUAAUCGAAAACUCCCGACUCGCAGAGGUUAUCAAGGGUCUCACGAUUUCCGGCAACGUGCAUCCUCUGCUGUCCAAAUGUCAAGAAAAAAUUAUUACCUUACACUACGAAUUGCUGUUGUUCCCUGUUCACGUUCACGGUAACCAUUGGGUCGCGGUUGCUGUCGACUUCAACAAAAAAAACAUUGCUAUUGGUGCGGGAUUCCUUACGGGGACCACAUACUUCAGUCAUUUUUCCAUGUAG